UACACUUUAAUUCCAGAAAGAAAAUAACCGGGGUGCAGUCACACUGUAGCUGUUGAGCAGCCCUAGCCUAGCUAGAUGUAUGUGUGUGUGUGCGGACUUGUCCCUCUUGCUGAACGUAUGUUUGCGUUUAUGGGGACUGGGGGUUAAGACCCUCUUCUUAUAGGGUUAUUGUUUUUGUGGACUAGGGAUUUGAGACCCUCGUCACGUCACGCUGAGGGGGUUGUCUGUCCGUGUGUGGAGGGGGUUAUUCUGUGUGUGUGUGGGACCUAGCUCCAAGCUGGCGGAUCGAGAGGACUCAGAUUGCUCGGAUCAGAUGAUCCAUCUUCAGCUGACCAUCUCAGGGGACUGGCCAGCACCUUGUGACUCCCAGCAAGUGGAGAUGCCCAGGAGAGAGAUAGAGGUGGUGAAGGGUCAGAUGGUAGUCCUACAGGCCUGGUACAGCCCCACAUCUGAUAUUGGCAGGAACAGCGUCAUCUGGAACUUCAUGGCCAACGACUCCAAGCAGGUCAUCUCCUACAGUAAUGGUGAGCCAGGGAUAGGUAGUCCUGAGUUCAGGAAGCGUGUUGGGUUCAGCCUGUCCAUGCCCUCGUCCAAUCUCUCCAUCUACAUCAACAACACCCAGGAGUCAGACUCAGGACGAUACCUCUGCAAUGUCAUCAUCCCUGGAGCCGCCGGACUCUCUGGAGAAAUGCGCCUCAAUGUCAAAGUCCCUCCCUCGCCUCCAGUGUGCACGAUGACUGGGUCAUCUGUGCUGAAUGGCAAUGUGACACUAAGCUGUAAGUCCAGUUCGGGCGAACCCAUCCCGCAUUACAAAUGGACCAAGAAUGCCCCCAUGUCAGAGGUCUUCUUUUCCCCCAUGCAGAAUGAGAGGCAAGGUACCCUCCGGUUGAGUAACCUCACUAAGAGCAUGUCAGGGAAAUAUGUGUGCCGAGCUAGCAACACUGCCGGCUCUGACACUUGCUCUGUCAACCUGGAGGUCUUCACCUCCUCUAAUUCUGGAGCGAUUGCUGCUGCUACUCUGGGGUCCAUCGUGGGACUGGUAGCCAUCAUACUCUUCCUCAUCUUCAUGCUGAGGAGGAGAGACCACGAAGAGGAGGAGAUAGCCAAUGAUAUCAAGGAGGAUGCCCAGGCACCCAAGCGUGUUUCCUGGGCAAAGAGUGGCACAGGCUCAGACAUCAUCUCCAAAAAUGGCACGCUGUCAUCCAUAGCCACGAGCCCCCAUCCGGAAGACCCCCAGCAGCUCAAAAACUUCCCCUACCCCACUGCACCGGCCUCUGACACAGGCUCUGUGCUCAACGCCUACCGCCUUCGGCCUGGAGAGCUCAACCCCCUGCAGGGCCUCCCAGGGUACAUCAGUGGCACACUUCCACCCAGACACACCAGACCCCUCUGUGUUGCUACCUAUCCACAAGGGCACAGUCGACCCCCCAGUUCUAACCACAUCAGUGGGACUCCACCCCCUGGCCACACCCGGCUCCUCAGCACUAGUAUCAUUGUUGACACUCCUCCCCAUGGGUUCAGUCAACCUCCCAGUUUUAACCAUGUUGGUGUCACCUCUCCACAUGGGUACAGCAGACCCCAUAGUUCUAACAACAUUGGUGCCCCCUCCCCCCAGGGGCACAGUCGACCCCCAAGUUCUAACAAUAUCGGCGCCCUCUCUCCACAUGGGCACAGCAGACCACCAAGCUUGAACCACAUCAGUGGCAGCUCUCCACACAGGCACAGCCAACCCCCCAGUUCCAACCACAGCCGACCCCCCAGCAUCAGUAGCAUGCCUCACUAUGGACACAGCAGAUCCUCCAGUUCUAACGGUGCCCCACCUGCCAACAUGGUCACAGACCCCGACAAGACUGAGGGGGCCCAGCCCCAGGUACCACGCCCUCUCACCUCGCCCAUCAGCUCCACCACCCUGGCCUGUAUGGGGGCUGUGCCCGUCAUGGUGCCCGCUCAGAGCCAGGCUGGAUCACUGGUAUAGCCCACUGGAGGGUCUCCCGUUUUACUACUGAACACAACUGAAGCAAAUGAAUAAAGACUUCCUCAAAGGAAGAUUGUAUAGAGAAGGAUUUGCUUGGAAUUAAAAACACUUUUUUAUUGUGAUCGUUCAAAAUGAUUUUCAGAGUAGAAAGAAGAGCUCAUGCUGAAGAAGACACUUAUGGAAUCUCCUGUAUUCAAGUCUGCACAAGUUCAAAGACUUAAUUGAUUUGUUUUUAUUAUUUUAGCUGUUUUCAAAUCUUUUUUUCUAAAUAAAUGUUAUUGCUUUUAUUUGCCAUGUUCAGAUUCUUUAAGGUUAAAACAAGGCCUAUUCUAUAUUCUUUAAGGCCUUUUAUAAACUGGGUGGUUCGAGCCCUGAAUGCUGAUUGGCUGGCAGCCGUGGUAUAUGAGACCGUAUAUCUUUUUACUGCUCUAAUUACGUUGGUAACCAAUUUCUAAUAGGAAUAAGACACCUUGGGGGGUUGUGGUAUAUGGCCAAUAUACCAUGGCUAAGGGCUAUAUCCAGGCACUCCACUUUGCAGCUUGCAUAAGAACAGCCCUUAGCCGUGGGAUAUUGACCGUAUCCCCCCCCCCCCCCCCGGUGCUUAUUGAUUAAUUAUUCUCUAAAACACCUUUUUUUUAGCAAGUUGUUUGCGAAGACGUUGAAUCGAGAUGCAGUGCAUUUGGAAAGUAUUCAGACUUUUCCACAUUUUGUGUUACAGCCUUAUUCUAAAGUGGAUUAUAUGAAAAUGUAUCCUCAAUCUACACACAAAACCCCAUAAUGACAAAGCAAACAGAUCUUUUGACAUUUUUGCAAAUGUAUAUAUAAAAAAACAUACCUUUAUAUAAAUAAGUACUCAGACCCUUUGCUAUGAGACCCUAAAUUGAGCUCAGGUUCCAUCAUGUUUCCAUUGAUUAUUCUUAAGAUGUUUCUACAACAUGAUUACCUGUGGUAAAUUCAAUUGAUUGGGCAUGAUUUGGAAAGGCACACGCCUGUCUUUAUAAGGUCUCACAGUGCAUGUCAGAGCAAAAACCAAGCCAUGAGGUCGAAGGAAUUGUCCUUCGAGCUCCGAGACAGGAUUGUGUUGAGACAGAUCUGAGGAGGGGUAGGUACAAAAAACAUUUCUGCAGCAUUGAAGGUCCCCAUCAUUCUUAAGUGGAAGAAGUUUGGAACCACCAAGACUUUUCCUAGAGCUGGCCGUCUGGCCAAACUGAGCAAGCAGGGGGAGAACGGCCUUGGUCAAGGAGGUGUCCAAGAACCCGAUGGUCACCCUGACAAAGCUCCAGAGUUCCUCUGUGGAGAUGGUUGUCCUUCUGGAAGGUUCUCCCAUUUCUGCAGCACUCCACCAAUCAGGCCUUUUUAUGAUAGAGUGGCCAGACGGAAGCCACUCUUCAGUGAAAGGCACAACAGCCCACUUGGAGUUUGCCAAAAGGUAGCUAAAGACUCUCAGACCAUUAGAAACCAGAUUCUCUGAUGAAACCAAGAUUGAAAUAUUUGGCCUGAAUGCCAAGUGUCACCCUACGGUGUAGGAUGGUCAUUGCAGCAUCAUGAUGUGGGGAUGUUUUUCAGUGGCAGGGACUGGGAAACUAGUCAGGAUCGAGGGAUAGAUGAACAGAGCAAAGUACAUAGAUCCUUGAUGAAAACCUCCAGAGCGCACAGGACCUCAGACUGAGGCGAUUGUUCACGUUUCAACAGGACAACGACCCUAAGCACACAGCCAAGACAAUGCAGGAGUGGCUUCGGGACAAGUCUCAAUGUCCUUGAGUGGCCCAGCCAGACCCUGGACUUGAACCCAAUCUAACAUCUCUGGAGACCUGAAAAUAGCUGUGCAGCGAUGCUCCCCAUCCAAACUGACAGAGCUUAAGAGGAUCUGCAUACAAGAAUGGGAGAAACUCCCCAAAUACAAUUGUGCCAAGCUUGUAGCUUCAUACCCAAGAAGACUCUAGGCUGUAAUCGCUGCCAACGGUGCUUCAACAAAGUACUGAGUAAAAUGUCUGAAUACUUAUGUAAAUGUUUUUUUUUUUAUACAUUUGCAAACAUUUCUAAAAAUCUGUUUUUGUUUUGUCAUUAUGGGGUAUUGUAUGCAGAUUGAUAUGGGGGGGACAAUCUAUCUAUUUUAGAAUAAGGCUAACAUAACAAUGUGGAAAGUCACAAGGUAUGAAUGCUUUCCAAAUGCACUGUAUUUGACUGUGUGUGUGUGUGUGUAUGUAUGUAUGUAUGUAUAUAUAUAUAUAUAUAGUGUAAAAUUGUUAUGCCAGCUAUUGAUAAGGGAGAUGUCUGGAGAGUACAUGCUCAAGAACGCACAUCACUUCCCAUAGAGAUGGGUUAAACAUUUAACUUCACACACGCAAAUACCUGAUAUACAGUAAAGCACACUCCCUUAGUCCUCCUUGACACAGUCUUCUCAGGCCAACUGUUCAUGUUGAGUUGUUACAACUCCAGUAAAACCUGCCAUACAUGCUAUCCAGGUAUUUUAUAGAAUUUCAAUAUUGGAAAUGUUCAAAGCAUUGACCCAUACUUGUACACAUAUCUAAUAAGAACUUAUUACAGAAUAUUGUGGUUUUAUCACAAUGUAUACUGAGAAUAUAUUAAUUAGGUAGUUGGAAUGUAUAAUUCAUUGAUAAUGCUAGGCUGUGUUUGUUCAAUGGCUGAGAUUUCUGGGCUUUAAAUAUUCUUCCCUUAACUCCAAAAGGCCCAGUGCAGUCAUGUGAUUUUCCUGUGUUCUGAGGUUAGAAUAAUACUGUGAAAUUGAUCAUGGCCAUUCAGUGUAAGAGCUAUUUUUAUUUUUACUUUUUUUUAGCAUCGAACAAGAAUUUCCAUCACAGUAGGUACUUAAUUGUUACCCAGAAAUAAUUUGAUAGAGAUAAAGGUCCAAUGCAGCCGUUUAAACACAACAUGGUUCUGAAUGGUUUUCAUUAAUGUAGUACCAUAGCUGAGAAAAUUCACAUUUAAACUUAUCUAGUGCUGUCAGUUUUAUUGAAUGUAAAUGACUGGAUUGUCAGUCACAUUUGAGCGCCAAAUAUUAUAGUACACACACCAUACAUGAAACUUUACAGUUAUCCAACCCGCCUAGAUACAUUUGUUUUAGGAUUAAACUGGAAUUAUCAUGAGAACCAAACUUGCUCCUGUUUCAAAUGUUAUCAUCAUAACUGAAUACACAUGAAAGGCCACGAUAUCAAACUAACCAUCUGAUACAUCUGGGGCAGCAAGGGUAGCCUCGUGGUUAGAGCGUUGGACUAGUAACCGAAAGUUUGCAAGUU